UCCGGCUGGGGGGCCCGCCGGCUGCACACAGGGUCCGUGGGGUCCCGGCGGCGCACAUCGGCUGAAGGAGAGCUGAGGGCCUAGGCGGCGGCGGCGGCUACUUUGGCGUCCGUGGGAGGGCGCCCCGGGGUCAGGAUGCGGCGGAGCCCCCGCCCGGGCUCGGCCACGUCCCCUCACAAGCACACGCCCAACUUCUACAGCGACAACAGCAACAGCUCAGUGAGCGUCACCUCCGGGGACAGCAGCGGGCACCGGUCAGCUGGGCCGGGGCCCGGGGAGCCCGAGGGCAGAAGAGCCCGGGGCUCGAGCUGCGGUGAGCCCGCCUUGAGCGCAGGAGUGCCCGGAGGAACCACAUGGGCUGGAAGCUCUCGGCAGAAGCCGGCGCCUGGGAGCCACAACGGGCCGACCGCCUGUGGCGCGGCAACCGUGAGGGGCGGGGCCUCGGAACCGGCUGGCUCUCCCGUAGUCUCUGAGGAGCAGCUCGACCUUCUCUCGACGCUGGAUCUGAGGCAGGAGAUACCUCCACCGCGCGUGUCCAAGAACUUCUUGAGCCUGCUGUUGCAGGUGCUGAGCGUGUUGCUGUCCCUGGUAGGAGACGUGCUGGUCAUUGUGUACAGGGAGGUCUGUUCCAUCCGCUUCCUGCUCACGGCUGUGUCACUGCUGAGCCUCUUUCUGGCAGGGAAACCCUCUCCUUUGGCUUACCCUGAGACCACCCCUCUUUCUCCAGCACUCUGGUGGGGGCUGCUGUACCUGGUCCCUCCUUCGGAGAAUGAACCUAAGGAGAUGCUGACUCUAAGCGAGUACCACGAGCGUGUGCGCUCCCAGGGGCAGCAACUGCAGCAGCUCCAGGCCGAGCUGAAUAAACUACACAAGGAGGUGUCCAGCGUUCGCGCAGCCAACAGCGAGAGAGUGGCCAAGAUUGUAUUCCAGAGGUUGAAUGAAGACUUUGUGAGAAAACCCGACUAUGCGCUGAGCUCUGUGGGGGCCUCCAUUGACCUAGAGAAAACAUCACACGACUAUGAGGAUGCGAACACUGCCUACUUCUGGAAUCGCUUCAGCUUCUGGAAUUACGCGCGGCCGCCAACGGUUAUCCUGGAGCCAGAUGUGUUCCCUGGGAAUUGUUGGGCUUUUGAAGGCGACCAGGGCCAGGUGGUGAUCCGGCUACCGGGUCGUGUGCAACUGAGCGACAUCACCCUGCAGCACCCACCGCCCAGUGUGGCACACAGCGGGGGAGCCAACAGCGCCCCCCGCGACUUCGCCGUCUACGGCCUCCAGGUUGAUGAUGAGACUGAAGUUUUCUUGGGGAAAUUCACCUUCGAUGUGGAGAAAUCAGAGAUUCAGACUUUCCACCUACAGAAUGACCCUCCAAAUGCCUUUCCCAAGGUGAAGAUCCAGAUUCUAAGCAACUGGGGCCACCCCCGUUUCACAUGCUUGUAUCGGGUCCGAGCCCACGGUAUGCGAAUUUCAGAGGGGGCAGGGGACAGUGCCACAGGGGAACGCCAUUAAACAUGCUGAUUGUUGGAGCAGAGUGCAGGUCUGUGCUGAAAGAAGUUGGAUCCAUGCUGAGGUGGGGUGGGGAGGGUUCUGGUUGCCUUUGGCAUAUAAAUACGUUGGGGGAUCUACUUUCCAAUGCACCCUCCUAAUUUGGAGAAGUUCAGAUCAACAUGAGAGCAGCUCAUGUUUAUGGAGUGCUUACCAUAUGCAAGAGAUGGUGGUGCUCUGAACAUUCUACACAUUACCUAACCAAUACUCGUAACCUCAGUGGGGAAAAUCGCUCAAGUCAGGAAACGCUCAAGGUCACAGAGCUAGUUAACAGUGCCACAAUGGAACCCAAACCUACCUAUUUCCAGAGGCCACCCACUUUAGCUCAGAGCUGCCAGUCAGCCUGAAGUCGUAUUUAUGCAUCUCAAUUCCUACCCUCACCCUCUGGGAAAGU